UUUUACGAUGUAAAGAAACGGAUUCUGAUUCUUCUGGAUAAGUUGAGGUUAGCCGGUAACCAUACAUUUGUACAGAGGUUUAACGCAAAUAUCCGAUUUAAAAAUAUUAACUUUUGUCAUUUCUAAAUAUGAAAGACGCUCCCCAACAAGACUUUGCUACCCCAGACAAACAAGAAGCAAGAUCAUUCUUGAGAGAACGAUUUCUAAGGGCCCUAGCACACGUAUCAGAUAAAGAGUGCACUCUCCAUUUGUAUGACAAAUCAAAUGUGAAUGCCAAGUUUGGUGGGAUAGAUGUGGACAUGUUCAAGUUGUAUGUGAAGGAUCUUCAGACUCCAAUGUUCCAGCAUCCUCAUGCAAUAGUGAGGACAAGUGAUAUACUAAGUAUAGACGUGCCCAAGGCUAGCUACCAGAAACUGCUUGCCCCACACAAAGAAGGACAAAACGGUAAUGAACCUAUGGAAUCAUAAGCGGAUGGAAUAUUUACAAUGCGGACUGUAAAAGCAUUCCUUUCAUGAAAUGAUUCUUGUGUUUUUUAAGUGUUUCCUAUAGUAUGAAUGUAAAAUUUACAUGUUUCACUCAAGUUUUAUUAUUAAAUAAAUUUUGUAAUUGAUAA